CUUUUAUAGUUAACGGAGCGCAGAGCGGCUGUUUUCCGGGUUCACACUCACUCAGCAUGUAGAGGAGGCGGACCGCAGGGAGACACCUGGACCACCGCGGACACGCCGAGCCAAAACACGGUAUCGAUCAGCUGACAUCGAUCAGCUAUCAUUGAAGCAUGGGGAACCUGAUCAAGGUGUUAACCAGAGACAUCGACCACAAUGGAGGAAACUUCUUCCUGGACUUUGAGAACGCUCAGCCCUCGCAGUCGGAGACGGCGGUGUGGGAGGAAGUGAACCAGGUGCUGACGGAGUCUCGGGUCAUCCUGGAAGACCUGCAGUCGUACAGAGGAGCAGGAGAGGAAAUACGACAGGCCAUCCAGAGUCCUGGUGUGGAGGGGGUCCAGGAGAAGGCCUGGUCAGCUGUGGUUCCUCUGGUGGCUAAACUCAAAACCUUCUACGAGUUCUCCCAGAAGCUCGAGUCCAGUCUGCGAUGUCUCCUGGACGUCCUCACCAGCUCCGCUUCGACUCCCACUCAGCAUCUGGAGCAGAAACAGGCUCUGGCUCGUCAGUUCGCCCACAUCAUGCACUUCACGCUGCGCUUCGACGAGCUCAAGGUCUGCUCACGCUGCUCUGCACCUCCUGCUCCUCCUCCUCCUCCUCCUCCUGCAUCUCCUGCUCCACCUCCUGCACCUCAUGUUCCUCCAGCAUCUCCUGCUCCACCUCCUGCACCUCAUGUUCCUCCUCCUGCAUCUCCUGCUCCACCUCCUGCUCCACUUCCUGCUCCACUUCCUGCUCCUGCUCCACCUCCU